AUGCCUGAAUUACCCGAAGUUGAAACUGUUCGCCAAAUUUUAAUAAGUUCCGGGAUAAUUAAUCAAACUAUUCAUAAAUUAGAAAUUUUUAAUAGUAAAUUAAUUAAGGGAACAACUGAAAAAGAAUUUAUUGAUUUAUUAUUAGGACAAACUAUUCACAAAUUAGAGAGAAAAGAAGAAAGUUUGCUUACUCUAGAACAGAAGGAAUCAAUUAGUUUAAUCUUUUUCCUGAGCAAUGGAAAGAAGUUAAUUUAUUGUGAUGCACGUCGCUUUGGAAAUUUUCGCUUACAACCGUUAGUGGAUUAUCGGCAAUUAAAGCCAUAUAAAGAUAUUGGGGUUGAUUUGCUGAAUGAGCCGGUAGAUACUCAAUAUUUAUUUACUCAAUACCAAAAACGUAAAGUUCCUAUUAAAAUUGCUUUGCUAGAACAAAAUAUUAUUAGUGGGAUUGGUAAUAUUUAUGCUUCGGAAAUACUUUUUACCACUAAAAUCCACCCCUUAAAAAAAACUCAUGAACUUACUUAUUUAGAAAUAGAAAAAAUAGUUUCAGUAGCCCAGUCUAUUUUGAAAGAAGCCUUAAAAUUAGGAGGAACUUCGGCCUUUGAUUUUAUUAAUCCCUUAGCUCAAAAAGGUGAUUACCAAACUAAAUUAAAAGUUUAUGCUCGGGCUAAAAAACCUUGUUAUGUUUGUGGUAAUUUGAUCGAAAGCAAGGAAAUCAAUA